ACUUGAAGGGUUCCUCAGGGAGGUGGCUGGAGGUGCUCUGCUGCUUAGGAUUUCCUUCAUGACAUGUUCUAUUGUGUCAACGUUAUUUGAAACAGUUGGCGAUGCUAAAUAAAUUAGCUCCAGUUCAGUCUGACUCAGAAGAAGAAGAGGAGGAGGUUGGAUUAUGCAGUGGCUCAAGUGAAACUGUUUGAGAGAGAUAAAUGAAAGUGAGGAGGAGAUGCUCUGAGGAUAUGUUAGACUGCCGGAAACAGGCCCGGAUCGACUGCUGAAUUUCUGACAUGCUCCUCAGGAAACAGUUUUAACUUGAACUGAUCACUGCAGCUGACCUGGAUCAUGGCUCGGAACAUGUGGAGGACCUUUGCUUCCCGCCUGGACAACCAGGCAGGAAGCGCCGAGGAGAACCCUGGAGGAACCCGGAGGAGGCUUCCUAAGCUGAAGAUCCCUGCAAAGAUCUGGAACAACCGCAAAGUGAAGAACCAGUAUGAAGAGCAUGAGUUGGAAGGUGAGCAGCAGGAUGAGCAACAGCACGAGGAGCAGCUGAACAUGGUCACCAGGAAGCUCAUCCUCAGGGAGGAUGAACUCUUCAGCCAAGACUCCCACAGCAAGGAAGAAGAAGACCGGCUGCAGAAAGACUAUGAAUCUCUUAGCAUCCAGAUCUGGAUGGCUGUUAACAACACCUUCACCCCCUCGUCUCUUAAUGACAAACACUUGGAGGUCCUGAGGAAUGCUGUGGACUCCAUCCAGCAGCAGGAGAUGCAGGACCAGCGCUGGAGGGACUGUUCAAAGGACAAGGUUCCGGUGUGGCGUCCUCAGAGGUGGCUGAGUACUCACAACAAGCUGCUGCAGACGAUGGUGGAGUCCAGACUGACAGAGGCUACAAAGGAUGACUCAGAUGAAGCCAAACAGCUGUCUUCAGCCGUGAAGAAGCAGGUGUGCCAAAUGGGGAAGCGUUUGAAGGAGGACCUCCUGACGGUGGUGAGGACGGUGAAGGACUGUUACCCUACGAAGAUGGACAUCCUGAAUGUCUAUGGUGGACUCUACCAUCAGACCUUCUCUGAUCGGUUGGCCAGCCUGACGUCCUCUGGGCUGGAGGUAGAUGACUACAGCUACGUGCUGUUUUGGGUCAACCACUACUAUCCCGAUGAAAUACUGAAACACGAAGAACUGGACGGGCAGAUAAAGACGGCCUGUUUGGGUUCUCUGCUGCUGCAGGACAAUCUGAAGCGGCUGGAGGAACAAUACCUGAGUCACAGAGAGGAUAAAGUGAAGCAGUGGCUGAACACGGUUCUGAAGAAGGAGGAAGAGAGCUGGCUGAGCGGAAACACCCCUGAACUCAUUGACAGUUAUUUCUUCAGUCCGCUGGCCAUCGAUGUCAUACAGGUGGUUAACAGCUCCCUGACUGAGUUCAACUAUGCAAUCAAAGACCAGAGCAAGGCUCAGAGGCUCACAGUUCAUCUGGAGAACUUUCUCAGCAGCUACAGGAGGAGUGUGGAGGACUUGGUGAAAGCAAACCCCAGUAACCUGCAUUCAGUGAUAAAAGCUCAGCUGGUCUGUGAGCAGCAGCUCAGAGAUUACAUAACUGGUCAAACUGGAGGUCUGUCUGAAGAGCAGAGGGGUCGCUGUCUGGAUACUCUGACUGCUCUCAGGGAUUGUGGGUACCAGUGUUUUACUUGCCCUCUUCAUGGCAAGAUUAAGGUCUAUUUAGGUCCACUCUGGACGUCCCCCUGGGUGGACGGCUCGCUUGCCGUUGUCGACCCGCUGCUGAACUUUCUGAAGCAACAACUGGAUGACUUAUCUGACCUAAAACCAGCCUGCAAACAGGUUCUGGUCUGCAAACUCCAUCAAAACGUGGUGGUUCAGUAUGUGAAGAAGACGAUGAAGACCAGAAUGAAGAAUAGACAGCAGCAGGUGGCUGGAUCUCAGCGCAUGGUUGAAGAUGCCAAAAAGAUUGGGAGCUUCUUUGAAGAGGAGGGCUGCAGCGAGACCUCGUGGCUCUCUGAGAUGCUCUGCGGCAUCGCUGAGAUCCUCCGUCUGCAGGAUCCUGCCAGCAUUCACCUCGAGGUUGUAAAUCUGGCCCUAAAGUUCCCAGAUUUCAGUGGCGCUCACGUCUCUGCGUUGCUGUCUCUGAAAUUCGGCCUAUCAGCUCUGGACGUUCGAUCCAUCAGAGCCAGCGUAGAGGAGAACCGCCCCCUUGAUGUGUCAGCCAAUCAGAGCCCUCUGUUCUUCUCCCGGGUUAAACUCAAAUGGAUCGAUAAGAAGAUCAACCAAAUGUGGACCAAGAGUUAAAAUAGUGUAGCUUGUUGUUAAUGUUGCAUGUUAACAGAACAUUAAUCCUUAAAUGUAAACGCUUAGCUCAUUGUUGCAAGUGAUCAUCCUACAGCCAACAUGUGUAUGUGGCCAUAUGGUCUUUUGCUUUGGCUGGAUGGAUUCCAAAAUAGAGUUCUUUAUGGGCUCACUUGGGUUGUCUUAAUAGACCCCAUGAGGGAAAGCCAAAAUAGGCUCCCUGUGUAGAAAUAUGUUACAAUGACAUAAACAUCAUGACCCAUAUGGGCUUCAUUUAUUACCCAUUGCUCUCCAUAGAGCCUAUUAAGGAAAUGAAAAUGGAACCACAUUAGGGAACCACAUGUAUGCUGAAACCUGUUUCUCACCCACAUACAUGUUGAAAACAGACAAAAAAAGAUCCAGAUCCAUCUGGUGUUCAUCAGGGCUCAGUGCUGGAUGCCCUUCAGUUCUGCUUGUAUUAACACAUUUAAAAAUCAUUAGAAAUUGUUACAUAUUUUAGCUAAUUCUACCACAAGACUGACUUUAAAUGUAUUCAGCUUCCUACUGCAUUAACAAUACUCUAAAGUAACAAAUUAUAUAAGCUGUGGAGUCUGUGCAAUAAAGCUCAUAUCUGUGCA